CUUGAUUUAACCUUAUCGAAAUGGAACGUCUAGCUUCUGCAUGUGAUAAUUUUGGUCUUGAUCUCUAUCGAAUAUGCUGGAAUAAAAACAAAGAUGGCAACAUUUUCUUCUCACCAUUCAGCAUUUCUGCAGCACUAGCAAUGAUCUUAGAAGGAGCUAAAGGUGAUACAGCUGAACAACUAUGGCAUACUUUGUAUAUAGCAGGAAUGAAGGAGCCUGAUGUCGAGAAGGAGUAUCGAGCCUAUCUCAACUUGAUUAAGUCUCCUGGACCCAACAUCAUCCUAGAUAUAGCAAACAACAUAUUUGUACAGAAAGAUUAUCACAUUUACCCAGAAUUUCAAGAAGUAUUGCAGAAAUAUUAUGGUGCUGAUGCAAAAGAAGUUGAUUUUGGAGCUCAUCAUGAAGAAGUACGACAAGAAAUUAACAAGUGGGUAGCAGGAGCAACAGAAGAAAAGAUAAAAGAGCUUUUUUCACAGGGUGUUAUUGGCUCAGUAACACAUAUGGUUGUUGCUAAUGCAGCAUACCUAAAAGGAAACUGGGGUUUUAUCUUUGAUCCUAAGGAGACAAGAAAAGUACCUUUUUAUCUCUCUGAAACUGAAACAGUUGAUGUUGAUAUGAUGCAUAAGAAGGGAGAGUUUAGAUAUUCUAUAUGUCCUGAACUGAAGUGUACUGCAUUGGAACUGCCUUAUAUAGGAGAUAAGCUUGCCAUGGUAAUCCUUCUGCCUAAUGAGGUUGAUGGUUUGUUGUACUUGGAAGAGGAGAUAUCGGUGCUAUCCUUGGGCAUGAUCUUUGGCCGCAUGAUGAAUGAAGAGGAAGUGUGCGUCUCUUUGCCAAAGUUUAAACUGGAAGAAAGUUUAUCUUUGGGUGAAAUGGCUAAAGAAAUGGGAGCUAAAGAUCUUUUCAGUAAGAAUGCUGACCUAUCUGGAAUUAGUAAUAAGGAGGAUCUUCAUGUUGAUGCCAUGAUCCAUAAAGCUUAUUUUGAAAUUGCAGAAGGUGGACAGGAACCAACUCAAAAACCAUUACCUUUGUUCCGUUACACACCAGAAAUUGAUUUUGUUGUUAAUAGACCAUUCUUAUUUCUGAUCCGUGAUCUGAAAUAUGGUAUUGUCUUAUUUUUGGGAAGCAUCAAAAAGCCUUUUUAAUUCAUUAAAUUUUCUUUUGGUAAAUUUUUGUGCCAGUUAAACACAGAUGCACAUUUUUCUAUUAAUGAUAUAUAUGCUAUAUUAGAUUGUUCUUUACUUAUACAUCUAUUUUUUACAUUAUGCCUGUCAUCUAAUGUUUUUUUGUUUUUUUUAAGUAAUGUUAAGUACAAUUUUUAUUGGAAUAUUUUUGUGGAUAAUUCUAUACUGAUUAAAUGUAAAAAAAUACAUUGGCCAAUAUAAUUAUUAACGGUUUAAAGUUUGUAGAAUUUUAUAAUUAUAAACAUAAUCGUCCUUUGAAUCAAACAAGAGAGUAUAGAGCUUUUCCUUUCUGUAGGAAAUAUUUUGUACGUAGAAAACUAGCCAGAAAGAAGUUGGUGCAAGUUGUAAUUUUUUCUGUUUAAAUGCAUAAGCAAUAAGUAUAAACAAAUUUAAAUAAUUUUCUACUAUAGUAUCGUAGAUAUGUUAGCAAAUUUUAGUUAAUAUAGAUAUGAUUUUUUUUUAAAAUACAGAUUUAGAAAUAAUGGUUAACAAGGUCAUAAUGUUACUAAUACAGCAGUUUUUCAUAUUUUAAUCUGUCUCAAUAAAGGCUAAUUGAAAGUUUUUUGUUUGUUUGUUUUUUUACAUUCACCUACUGGAACUGUUGAAUUUUUGAGAGUUCUGGUUCAUUUUGAUAGAAUUAAAUGAUGUUAGGCAAUAUCAGUGAAGAAUUAAAAGUAGUUAGAUAGUGCCUCAUAAUUAAAAUUAUAUUAAUCAUGAAUAAUUAUCUAUAUAUAGUGUGGAUUUUUCAAUUUGAAGGUCAUGAAAAAUCCAUGAAUAGAUUUGAAUUGCAUUUAUACAGAAGCUUUAGUUUUUCGACAAUAUUGUGUAUUUUUGAUAAAAUGAUUAUGGAUGUAUCACUAGAGAAAGGUUGCAACAUUCCUUAUGGAAAGUUUAAAUUUAUACUGAAGUGAUUAAUAAACAAAUGUUUGUUCAAAGA